CUCACAUUUCAUUAUAUUCUUAUACGUACCCCAACCUCUUUUAGCACCAACCAUUCAAGAUUCCUCCCAAAAACUAUGGAACCCUCAUGGGAAUCCAGCGUCACGGAAUCCAUCAACGCAAUUUACCUUCUGUUUUCAGCCUACCUAGUUUUCGUCAUGCAACUCGGGUUCGCCAUGCUGUGCGCGGGCUCGGUUCGGGCCAAGAACGCCAUGAACAUUAUGCUCACCAACGUGGUCGAUGCCGUUGUCGGUAGCUUAUCUUAUUACUUGUUCGGGUUCGCUUUCGCCUUCGGCGAAGGCCCGAGCGAGAACCCGUUUAUCGGUACGAGUUAUUUCGCCCUGCACAGUAUCCCUUCGAGCUCCUACGACUACAGCUUCUUUCUAUACCAAUGGGCUUUCGCUAUAGCUGUGGCGGGCAUUACUAGUGGCUCCAUUGCUGAGAGGACCCAGUUUAGUGCCUAUUUAAUUUUCUCAUUUUUUCUAUCUGGGUUCGUUUAUCCCGUGGUGGCCCACUGGGUCUGGUCGUCCAGUGGGUGGCUGAGCUCGAGCUCGAGCUCGUUGCUGUUCGGCUCGGGGGCUAUCGAUUUCGCGGGUAGUGGGGUGGUUCAUUUGGUGGGUGGUGUCGCCGGGCUUUGGGGCGCACUAAUAGAGGGCCCGCGAGUGGGCCGGUUCGACGCGUUUGGCAAGCCCAUGGUGAUGCGUGGGCAUAAUGCUACUUUGGUGGUUUUAGGAACUUUCUUGUUGUGGUUUGGGUGGUUCGGGUUCAACCCCGGUUCUUUCGGGAAGAUUCUUGUGGCGUACCCGAACACUGUGAACCAGGGGAACUGGACCGCCGUGGGCCGGACAGCUGUCACCACGACACUGGCCGGCUCGACUGCAGGCAUCGUGACACUGUUCGGCCGACGGUUGCUCGUCGGCCAUUGGGACGCCCUCGAUGUUUGCAACGGGCUUCUCGGUGGGUUCGUUGCGAUCACUUCGGGCUGCUCGGUGGUGGAGCCUUGGGCGGCGAUAGUGUGCGGAUUCUUCGCCGCCUGGGUUUUGAUCGGGCUCAAUAUCUUGGCCCUGAAGCUGAAAAUCGACGAUCCGUUGGAAGCGGCCCAAUUGCAUGGCGGGUGCGGGGCUUGGGGAUUGAUUUUCACCGGGCUUUUCGCUAAGGAGGAGUUCAUUAUCCAAGCGUAUGAUUCGGGCUUGAUCGGAGCGAGCCGGUCUUCCGGGCUUUUGAUGGGAGGAGGGUGGGGCCUUAUUGGAGCACAAGUGGUUGAAUUAUUGGCAAUUGUGGGAUGGGUUAGCCUUACAAUGGGGCCAUUGUUUUAUUUGCUACAUUGGCUUGGGAUAUUGAGGAUAUCUAUGGAUGAUGAAGUUGCGGGUCUUGAUAUAUCUAGCCAUGGUGGUUAUGCAUACAAUGCUCAUGAAGAAGAAUCGGGCCCUCGAUUUUAUGGUGAUUAUAUGCGAAUGCAGAAUAAUUGAUUCAUAGCCGUUGGAUUAUUCUUAUUGUGUUCGUUGAAUUAUCGUCCUAAUUUAUCAUUUGUGUUUAUCUUGUGUAUUUGGAACUCAAAUUCUUGUAAAUGUUGUACAAUAUUACACCGUGUAUUAUAUUGAAAUAUUCGUUUAUUUUAUAAAAUAUAUUUUUAUUUUAGUG